AGCCCGGCAGGGAGAGGGUAACUCCUGGAGCCACUCCGCCGAGCACUGCCUGCGGCCCUGGUCGAGGAUACCAUUCCGGUUGCUCAGUGAUUGACCAGGAGGCGGAAACCAGUUAAGGGGACUAAGGAGUGGAGUAGGGAGAACCUCCAUCGGCCCAUGGGCGCGAGCAAGGAGAAGAACCGGGAGCCCGGAGCAGAGCGUGUUUCAGAGAAUCCUUGUGGGGGCCGGGAGGGGAAGAGCACCGGUGCGAACCCCGGGGUGCCCCCUCGCCCAAUUUGGACUUCUCUGAUUGAAGAGGUGGGAGGAGUUCCCUGCAGCCUGCGGGGCCGAGAAGUAAGUGCUAAGCUCAGGAGCCGCAGUCGGAGGACCCCAGGGACUCGACAGGAAGUCUCCGUACGACCCCCACGGAUCCACAUGCCCGGAAGCCCAGGCGACACUAAGCCAGCGCUGGGGAACUUACGUACUCCUGCAGUCGCAGGGCUCUCCAUGCCUCUCUCUCCUCUUCUUUCUUGUGGGUAACGUUCUCUGCGGGAGACCUGAGGUUACCCAAGGGGGACGCGCCCGCUACACUGGCCUUGGCGCCCUGAGCUAAGCACCAGGACUUAACAGCCUAGCACGAAGGCAGGUAGCACCUUCACCCGCUGCGGACGAUAGGCGCUCUCCUGCACCUCCUUUAGCUCGCGAGGCCCGCCCUUCGCGAGGUCCCAGGGAAAAGUAGGCUGUGGAAAACUGGGUGCUCCCUUCUUUCACCCACCUUCUUACCCCUGUAAGCGCCGAGAUCUGUGGCAGAGGUUCCUGGUCUGAACCACCGAUUGGCAAAGAAAGCUGCAGAUUAAACUUCUCGUUUUACAGAGAAGGAAACUGAGGCCCAGACAGCCGAAGGAGAGGCAGUCUAUGGAGCACAGCGGUAAACAGCAAGGGAGUGGUGGCCCCAGAGUGGAACCUCAGCUCUGCCAGGUAACCAACAGCUGUGUGACCCUAGACGAGUUCCGCAGUCUCUCUGAGCCUCAGUUUCCUUACUGGCCAAACGAGAUAAUGGGAUACUAGCGCCCACCUCGUAGAGUUGUUCUGAGGAUUAGAUAGGAGAGUGGUGUUGGCCUUUGACUCAAUCAACUUUACAGUUUUUGUUACUACUACUGUUUAAGGACCGGAAGCAAGUUAGUGGCAAAGCCGAGCUGAAACCCGGGUCUCUCAACGUCCAGUUGGAGGUUUUACCCACCACCCCUCUACCUCUUCAGAGCUAAUGGGAUGCAGAGGCGAGGACAGCCCCUGGAAAACCAUGUGGCGUUGAUACACUGGCAAACAGCAGGCAUCCCGGCCUCGAAGGUGCAUGAUUAUUGCAAUAUGAAAAAAUCGAGGCUGGGUGGGAGCAGGGCAGUGAGGAUUUCUCAACCCCUACUUUCACCCGGGCGCUGUCCACUGCAUCUGACGGAGCGCGGAGCUGGGCUGCUACAGCCGCAACCCCAGGGACCAGUGCGCACGCCCGGGCCGCCUUCCGGGAGUCACCCAGCGGCCGCGGACAACUGAUUAAACACCCCAAAGCGCUGCGAUCGGUCAAGGGCGGGGACAGGCACACUGCGCGCGGGGCCCGCAGGCCGUAAUAAAGAGUGGCUCGACCUCGCUGCCGCCUGUCGCGAGAGAGGCUACUAGCGCCUCUCCCCGGGGCCCGCGCCCCGAGCCCCAUGCGCAAGACGCCCGACAGCUUUUCCUCCCUUCCCCGCCGACUCCAACUCCUCGAAAUCUGCCCACUCGGGGCUGCAGGGCAAGUGUUUAGGAUGGUUCCCAGCCCCGCGCUGGCAGUAAAAAUUUCAAC